AUGGGGCCAGGCCCAGGGAAGGAAGCUCAGACACUGCAGUUUGGGGGCAGCCAGGAGCUCCGUUUAUUGUGGACCCUGGCGGCGCCGGGCGCGCGGCGCGGGAGCCGGCCUGGCGGGGGUCGGGCGGUGGGCCCCCUGCUGCUGUGCCUGCUGCUGUGCCUGCUGCAGUCGGCGCUCGGGAAGCCCUGUCUGGCCCCUCCCCAGAACGUGACACUGCUCUCCCGGAACUUCAGUGUGUACCUGACUUGGCUCCCGGGGCCUGGCUACUCCCAGAAUGUGACCUAUUUUGUGGCCUAUCAGAGCGCUCCGACCCCUAGAAGGUGGCGAAAAGUGAAGAAGUGUGCGGGAACCAAAGAGCUGGCAUGUUCUUUGAUGUGCCUGGAGAAACAAGACCUAUACAACAAGUUCAAGGGGCGUGUGUGGGCGGUUUCUCCCAGCGCCAGAUCCCCCUCUGUGGAGUCCAAGUACUUGGAUUACCUUUUUGAAGUGGAGCCAGCCCCUCCCACCCUGGUUGUCACUCGGACAGAGGAGAUCCUGAGCAUCAAUGCCACGUACCAGCUGCCCCACUGCAUGCCCCCACCAGAUCUGAAGUAUGAGGUGGAUUUCUGGAAGGAAGGAAUCAAGAACAAAACGCAAUUUCCAGCCACCCCCCGCGGCCAGCCAGUCCAGAUCCCCCUGCAGCCAGCCAUCAGCGGACACUACUGCCUCCGUGCCAGAACCAUCUACACUUUCGGCGAUCCUAAAUACAGCGAGUUCUCCAAGCCUACCUGCUUCUUCCUGGGGGCCCCAGGAACCAGCUGGGCAUUCCUGGGGCUGCUACCACUUCUGCUUCCACUGUUGUUGGUCAUUGCCAUCGGCCACGUGUUCUGGAAGAGCCUCACAGCAAAUCCCUGGUUUCAGCGGGCAAAGAUGCCGUUGGCCCUGGACUUUUCUGGAUACAGAUACCCCGUGGCAACCUUUCAGCCCAGUGGCCCUGAGUACCUGGAUAUCUUGGUCCUCUGUCCCCAAAAGGAACUGACCAGAAGGGUCAGGCCAAGCCCUGGAGUCAGGACCCCAGUCAUUUUCCAGGCAGGAUAUGAGAAGAACAGUGCUGAGGAGGAGAAGGAGGAUGAGGAGGACACAGAUGACUGUGCCAGCUUCCAGCCCUACCUGGAACCACCCCCCUUCCUAGUGCAGGAGCACCAGAUCCCAAGGCAUUCUGAGGCAGGCAGCACCUGGAGUGCUUCCGUCCAGGUCGAAGACUCCUCUGCUACAGAUGCUUCAGACAGAAGCUGGGCCAGCACUGGGGGCUCUUCCCCCUGGGAUGAGCCUGGGUCCUCUUGCUAUUUGGCCAAGAAGACACCGGGCCAAGGGCCAAGUGGGGAUGGGUGUCAGGAGCCUCUCUCUCUACCCGAAUUCUCCAACGACAUGAGUUUCCUGGAAGAUCCCCUGAAAGAUGACCUCUCCUUCUGGGCCAACUGGGGCUUUUCAUCACCAGGGCUGAAUAUAGUCUCUGGGGAGCCCCCAGUUUCUCUUCACACACUGACCUUUUGCUGGGACAGCUGCCCUGAAGAGGAAGAGGAGGAGGAAGAAAUAGAAGGAGGAAGAGAGCAAUCAAAAGUUGAGGAUGACAGUACUGGCAAUUGGGGUGCCAGGAGCCUACAGAAGAGUGAGGUCAGAGGUGAGACACUGGGGCAUUACAUGGCCAGGUGAGCUGUUCCCCAGCUUCCCUCCAAGUCUGGUGCCACUGAGCUUUCCUAGGACCCAAGACACCACCAAGACGAGAGCCUGGAAGCAUAUCACUGAGGCUGAGGAAAGUUCUUGCAGCAUUUCAGAAACCCCAGGGUUGUUGUCAAUUGGCUUGAGCAGUAAGAAACCACCCCAUCCUUUUUUGACUCACCGGCUCUGGGCUGAGCUCCAAGAAGGGUGGAGACAAGAAUAAGCUGAAGACGGAGGUUGAUUGGGUGUCGCAACCACCCUACUGCCUUCGGGGUGGCAGGCCAGUUAGAAAAAUCAUCCCUGGACAACAUGUAACAGGUGAAGUCAGGUCACGGUGGACACCAAGGGCUAACCCCACGAGGGGCCACCUGGAUCUGGGGGGAGGAAGUAUCAACUCCAUCAGCGUCAGGCCUCUCUAGCAUCUGCUGAGCACCCUCCCCCAGGUCUCGGCCUUCUGGUUCAUGAGUCCUCCAGGGUGCGCCCCAGUGAAGACAAAUCUAGUAAGCAGAGGAUGUUGAAGAGGAAGGGAAAGGGUAGUCAUCAUCCAAAUCCCAGCCUCUGACUCACGGAAUUACAUCACUUUUAUUAUCAGACGACCUGGGUUCAAAUCCCAGCUCUGCCAUUGACCAGUCAUGUGACUUUGAGUAAGCCACCUUCCUUCACUGCACCUGGGCUUUCUCACCUGCAGUAGAGGAUCCCAAAAGAGAGGUGUGUAGCAUGGUGUGUGUCACAUCACUGGGACUCUCCGCGUGAUGGCUGGUAGGGCUCUCCAUCCUCCCAGGCUCUGAGAAGACUGCUGGGCAUCUCCCACCUGUGACCCCUAAGCUCUGAGUGAUCUGCAUUUGCCUUUCAGUUGGCCUCACCCCUCAUCUACCUCUUGCCUUCUACCCUCACUUCCUCUCUCCUCCUGGUUGGGAAACUGCACUCUCAGAAGCCAGAGCCCAGCCAAGAGGGACCCUGACCUCUCUCCCCUUUCCAAAAAAAGAAGGAACCAGGUGAUCCACCUUCCAGCGGUCAGAUUUGUUAGGGUCUGGGGUAGCAACCUGGCAGGGAAUUAGACUCCUGGGCCUGUGAUCCCUGUUUUAGACAGCACUUUAGACUCUUUGAUUUUAAAGAAGUCCCAUUUUCGCUUCUAGUUGUGAGAAGCCAAUGCCUUCUGGCAGUAAGUAUGUUAAAGGUGGGGGAGAAGCAGUAAAGUAUCCCCCAAACUGAGAAGGCACUUUGUGACCGGAAAAUGAAGCAGGCCCCUGCAUACAGUUUACACAGAGUUUUAUUCAGGGUAACUCAUUGACGGGGGGAUUGGCAGAGGAUAAUCCAUGCAGCGCCAUAGUUACUCUCUGCAAAAUCCAGGGCCUCAAUCCAGAGGUUUAAUAGAGCCAGGGACACACAGAAGGGCAUUGUAGUGAGAUCAGAGAGCUCACACACACCUCAGAGGACUUGAGUGCACCUUGUUGACCCCUAACCUUUCAUUACCCCACCUGUGCAGCAGGAAUGGGAAAGAGUAUGUUAUCUCUAAGAGUUUCAUGGGAGGCCAAAACAAGCCUUCCCCCAUCCCAGCCCUGGUGGGCAUUUCUAAGGUAUAUAUAUUGAUCUCCAAGGGCCCAAAACACAUGGCCCUAAGGUCAUGGAGCGAACAUGAACAAGAUGGAGGGCCAAAGAUGGAGUUGGUAUUGUCAGUGCUCCUACAAGGUGACUCUCCUUACCUGGGGGGUGGUGAUGGGUGUUCUCAAACAACUGCUUUGUUAACCUAUACCCACCAGUGUACGGGCAAGCAGAGCUGAGUUUUAACCCAUAGGGGCUGAGAUUCUUGUCCUUUUGUGGCUGGGAUCUGAACAAUCAGGUUCUGGGACCUGGGCCCUGCCAUUUUAAUUGCCAGGACUUAUAUUUCUCCAUUUGUGAAGAGAGCAUUUUUGUAGCCAUUUCCCCAGAAAGCUGUGUUGUUUUGAAGGCAACAUGAAGAUAUACCAUUAGUUGAAAGAUCUGGAACAGGGUUACUGCUCCAGGGGUUCUCAAGCCGUGUCCCCAAACAGUCUGGGAUUUCACAGAGUAAGCCUCAAUUACAGGGGGAAGCGUGGGCUGUAGGAUCCCCCACUUCAACCAGAAUGGCCUCCCUGAGCCCUGAUGCUUCCCAUGACCUUCCAUGUGAGGCUGUGCUUAGGAGGCUCCACUGCUAAAGACGUUAGCAAACCAUGUUUUUAAAUUAAAUACCUGUCUUUUCGUUUCGAACAAAGAAAUAUUGACUCCCUAUAUAUGUUGCUAUGGAGGAGAUCCUUGGUCUCCAGCCAGCUGAGCCAACCCCUGUGUCCAUGGCCAUGUCAACACAGUGCCGAGGUCUCCGGUAGGAUUGCCAAGGAGCACAAAGCUGGCAGGAGGCCUUCAGCCCUGCUGGGACCCACGCAUCCAUGCAUGGGCACACGUACACACGUGCAUUUCCACAGGAGCUGAGGCCUGUCUACAUCCCUAAGCACAGAGGAGCAAAAACAGUGAACACUGAAGCCUGGCGUGGGGGAAGCCUAUGGCUCAGGCCAGUUCCCGGGAAAAUACCCAGACCCACACUGAGGUUCUCUCUGGGACCAGCUGAACUGCUUCAGGGAAGUAAUUUUGAAAAAUGAAAAGCUAUAGUCACAAUUGUCUAGGCCUACAUGAAGGAACCCCUUUAUCUCUUUUCUAAAACCUUGUUUUGUUUUGUUUUGUUUUUUUAAGCCUGGUUCUUUUUUAUAAGCAUUAUUUUCAAAGUUUUCAUUACUGAAAGAGGCUGAGCUCUUUUAGUAAUCCUCAAUGCCAGCUCUUUGAUCAUCAUUAAGUCAUUAAUAAAAAGCCAGGGAAGCAUUAGGAAAGAGCAUGAUAUUCAAUAUAAUAAUUUGUCAGGCGAGCUCAGCACCUGUUUACAGAACCCUCUUACGCACACGGCGGCCGGUGGAGAAGUGCGCAGCAUGAGCUCCAGGGCCAGCUUGAAGGAUGUGAGGGUGAUGCCCUGAGCUAAGGAAUUAGCCCACUGAGACUAUGCAUUGUUCUUAGGCACUUGCUUCCAUUUCUAAUUUUGUUCUAUAUUGAUAUUAUAUUUAAAUAAUUUUCUAAUGAUCUUGGAUAUCUACCCUAAAUCGUUCUAAAUAAAAAGCUCUAUUUUUGGA